CUGCUUCCUUGAUAACAUGCAUUCUAUAGUCAUCAAUCCUUCAUGCAUACCACAAUGAUAUCUUUCGCGGAGAGCCGUGAGACAAGACCCAUUUUCUCGAUCUUGGGCCUGUUUCUACGACAGAUUGGUUCUAGUCGGAUGUCACGACUGCUGCCCAUCGAUCUCUUGGAAUCUCUAGAAUGCUGCACUGCCUUCCACAUUUGACAUAUAAAGACCAUGUCGCCGGCAUGGAAAACCGAAAGUCAUCACUAUCAGCACUACACUCACAAUUGGGCUUCCAGCAUCGAACAUCUCUCCAGUCAACAACAGUGCGUGCAAAUUUGGGCCUACAUCAACAUGCGUCACUCAAUCCUUUCCCUCGCCUUGAUGGCUGGCUCUACUAUGGCUCAAGGCGAUCUUGCUGGCCUUCUUUCAUCGCAGCCUGAUCUCAGCACCCUGCUCGAGCUCGUCAGUCUCGUUGAUGGUCUUGCCGAUACUCUGGCCGCAGCUUCCAACAUUACCAUCUUUGCUCCCACAAAUGAUGCAUUUGCCCGAGUUCCUCGCGACGAGCCGGAAGGAGCCGCGAUAGAAUAUCGCAAUGAGACCGUCGCAGUCGCCGCUCUUCUUGCCAACCACGUCUUCAAGGGAGUCUACCCAUCCGAUGUCAUCACCGACAUCCCCACCUUCGCUCAGACGUUGUUGGACAAUUCGUAUAUCACUGCCACUCAGCCAUUCUCCAACAUUACUGGAGGCGCGUACAACGGUCUUGUCAAAAAUGGAGAUGACGUCUGCGUCUUGUCUGGUGAACAGACCAUCUCUACUGUCACUCAGGCCGACAUCAAGCUCGGUGAAGGCAUCACAAUCCACAAGGUUGAUACCGUGCUUUCCUUCGGAGCCCCUCUCCAGCUCUUCACGUACCGUGCCGGCUACUUGAACAUGAACGCUGCCCUAGAAGCGGCCAAUCUUGGCUUCGAUGUUGGUCUCAGCGGUCCUGAUCAAAAGGGUCUCAAUAUCUCCGACUUCACUAUCUUCAUUCCCACUAACGAAGCCUUUGACAACAUCGGAUCGAUUAUUGAGUCAGCCGACCUAGAGACUAUUCAGGAUGUCCUUCGCUACCACAUCAUCCCCAACAACGUCAUCUUCGCUCCUUCGCUCGGUAAUGUCACCAUUCCUUCUUUCGAGGGAACAAACCUGACCUUCACCGUUUUCCCCGACGGCACUGCUUGGGUCAACAAUGCGAAGAUCACUUUCCCGAACACUAUCCUCUUCAACUGUGUUGCCCACGUCAUUGACACUGUCCUGGCGCCUGGGGAAUUUGAUCGUGCCGCCCUUGAGCCAUCAGCUCGAGCAGCAGACCGUCUCUCUUUCCCCAAUGCUUCGAAGGUCGUCAGGUUGCCAUUUACUAGCGUCGCUUUCGAGGGUGAUUUGAUGACCUACUCGUCCACCCCAGCGCUGCUUCAGACCGUCGCUGCCGUUGCAACCGGGGCUUCUCGUAGCGAUGCUGCUACUUCUGCCACUACCACUUCCAACGGCUCUUCUACAAGCCCACCUCUCGCUACUUACACUGGUUCUGCUAUCAGUCUUGCUACCAGUGGUGUCAUGCUCAUGGCUGUUGCUGUCGGCGUUGCCGCUCUCCUGAUGUGAAGUCUGUCAGAACCGAGUGGGUGAUACUGCACCCGUUCACAUCAUCUGUCUUAGCCAACGAAGCGUAACUGCCGAGCGCGGCGUAUACCGAAUAUAUGGCAAUGUAUUGAAGUCAGCUCAUUGUCGUUUGCGACUUGCUAUUUGUUGUUUAAUUACACUUUACUGCAAUAAUACUUGAUGGUUUAGUCUAGAUACGCGCGAGUAUGGAAACUUUGCACAUUG